AUGAGGUUUCCGUGUUGGAAAUUAAGAUAUCUUCUGGGCGUCUUUAUGAUGUUCCAAGCGAUUAUGGGCACGAAGGUAACACACCAAGCAGACCUAGCGGCAACGAAAGGAGAAUCGGAGGGUGCUGCAGCCAAAGCGGGGCCCCACGGACACUUGAUUGCACCGAAGGCAGGCAAGCUCAUUCGAAGCGUCGGCGGACUGGGCACGCUGGUCGUCAAAUUCGAGAAAUACGUCGGGGACGAUGGCCAGACACUUGCAAUCGAUAUCAAUCUCCGGCCAAUCGAUAAUGAUGAGAACCGGACAACUUACUUGCUCGGAAACGGUUUGACAUCCGGGAGAAACAACACUUUGAUUGAGGUCCAUUUUAGCACCAGAUGGGCUUGCGGAAGUUAUAACCUGGUCAUAAGGGAACAUCAGUUUCACAAGGGGGUUCAUAUUUCGUUUCAAGUGGCAGCACCAAGGAUCAAGAUCACUUGCUCGCCUCUUAAGUAG